GGGGGGUGAGGCACGUCAUGUCACGUGGUCGGGGCGGUUGGCGAGAAGAUGGCGGCGGCCGCUCUCCGGCGGUUGUGUGCGGCGGCCGCUCGGUCACAGAGCGCGGCUCAGCGAUGGUCCGGGCGGAGGUUGGUUUACCCCCCGUUCAGCACCGCGGCCGACCAGACCGGGUUCGACACGAUCUCCCGGUACAAGGAGCAGCCCUGGGAAUACCCGGAGACAGAGGAGUAUAUUGAACGUUACGGGCAGCGUCCGGUGUGGGCCGACUAUCGCAGGAACCACAAGGGCAGUGUCCCCCCCCAGAGAACCAGGAAAACCUGCAUCCGAGGGGAUAAGGUCUCCGGCAAUCCCUGCCCCAUCUGCCGAGACCCGAAGAUUCACGUGGAUUAUAGGAACGUGAAACUCCUGGAGCAGUUUAUUUCCCCGCACACCGGCCAGAUGUACGACCCCACCAGAACGGGAGUGUGCAUGAAGCAGUUUAAGAAUCUUACCAAAGCCGUCCAGGAAGCCAAGGAUCACGGUCUGUUGGGAUUUGAGGUUCACCGAGAGCAGGUGAGGUCGGAGGAUUACAGUAACACACACGGGGCGGUGGGCAAGACGCCGCGCCCCCCACAGCUCACCGGGCCCUGGUACAGCUGGUAUCAGUGGCAGGAGCCCCCCGAAAAGGAGGUCGCACGCGCCCGCAAAAUGCACCGACACUUCCUGAAGCCGGAGCUGGGAGGACCCAUCUAAGCCGAGCGGGAGAGCAGCGCAGACGCUGCCAAUCAAGACUGUGGAGUCCCUGUCGCUCAGCGGUUAAAAGCCCUCACCUCGCAAGCGACAGAGGACCCGGGUUCGAUUCCCUGGCGGGUC